AUGGCACCACUCGCCAAGGUAAGAAUGACGUUUUUGAUUUCAAGCAAGAUGGCUAUCACUCGCCAUCUAUAACGGCUCGAUUGACAUCCGAUCCGGUUGGCAUGUAUAGCUUGCUUAAGCUCUUUUUAAUGAUAGUGUGCUGGUGAUGGUGAUGAUAGUGAUGGUGAUAAUUGGGAUGAUGAUGAUAAUGAUAAUGGUCAUCAUGAUGAUGGUGAUGAUGAUGAUGAUGGUGAUGAUGGUGAUGAUGAUGAUGAUGAUGAUUAUGGUGAUGAUGAUGAUGAUGAUGGUGAUGAUGAUGAUGGUGAUGAUGAUGGUGACGGUGAUGAUGAUGAUGACAAUGAUGAUGGUGAUGAUGGUGAUGAUGAUGGUGAUAAUGAUGAUGAUGAUAAUGAUGAUGGUGAUGAUGAUGAUAAUGGUGAUGAUAAGGCUGCAAUCUUACUCAAGCAAUUUCAAAUUUCUUCAGCUACAGUGACCAUUAAAAGUGAUUACAAAAACGAAACACGCCAAGAAUUGCUGUGUUGUAAAUACCGGAAUGGCAAUUGUUGCGCUGAAAAUAAAUGCUGUCCUGCUGAUUACCAGUGCUGCCCGCCUAAUAACUGCUGUAGUUAUAGCGACUCGUGCAUCGAUGGUAUAUGUUCCAAUCCAUCUGGAAAACCCAGUAAGAGGGUCCCUGCUGAGUUAAUUUUUCCCAAGAUUGUAUAA